CAGGUUACUACAUGAAUGUCAACAGUUCUGGCCUUGCUGCCUUGGAUUCUAGCAUGUUCUUCCAGGCACAGUUGGUCCCUGAGAUUCAGCUGAACGAUAGCGACCCAGUAUCAGACAGGUUCAUGUACCAGUGGACUAACACAGCUGACAGCCGCCAACAGAAAACCUACAAUGGCCUGGACUCGAAUAUUUCCGUCAUAUUCUCCAGUCAGAAUGUGGUAGCAGGAGAAUACCUGAUGACUGUUGCAGCCUACAAGGUGGAUGACCAGACUACCAUUGUGGCUUUUCAGACCCUCAAAUUCAGAUUGACACAAGACUUGAAUGGUCUGCUGACAAUCACACAGAGGUUGAAUUACCAGCGAGACCCGACUAUGUUUUCUACCAAGACACUGCUCAUCCUGACUGCAGCCGUCCAUGACCUGUUUCUGCAGAGUGACCUGACCUUUGACUACUUCUGGUUCAGCGGGGAGGGCAUCCUUGCCCAGACCAAACAGCCAAACUGUCUGACUACCAUACACACUGCAGCCAACACCUCGCUGGCUUCCUUUGUCUGUGUGCGUGACAGAAACCCAGAUAAACUUCAGGCACAGAAGCCGGGAAACUUUUCUCUAGCGAGUACAUUAGGGCACUCUCUUCAAGCUGUGAACGACACAUUCAGGGAUACUUUGGUGCAGGACAGGGUGAGCCCCUGUGUGGCAAGCGGGAUGUUUGAGCAGGAAGUCACUUUUAAAGAUCCAGUGCAGUCCUGCCAUGUCAGUCGAGUUGAUGUCGACCCCAAGGAUCGGGGCAUCAAUAUCAAGAAGUCUGCCCUGGUCAACAUCACUUGCCUGGGCAGCGCCCCCUCCAGUGUCUGUGUCAUCAUCACCCCUGACAACAGCAGCCUUGCUCCUGGCCACGUCUGCCAGCCUGGGACAUUUGUGGAGCAUCUCAGCCAUCAACUCCACAUCCAGCUCAAGUCCACUGGCUGGAACAACAUCCACUUCUUUGUCUACAAUGAUGUCAGUCGGCACCAUGUGGUUGAAUCAUUUUAUGCCUAUGAUCCAG